AUGGAGGGCGCGACAGCCGCCGAGGCGCAUCCCACCAUGGGGGUCAAGAUCUUCUCAGCCGGAUUGGCGGCCUGUGUGGCGGAUGUGAUCACCUUCCCGCUGGACACGGCCAAAGUCCGGCAACAGAUUCAAGGUGAAUGCCCGAACUCCGGUGCCCCUAAGUAUAAAGGUGUCCUGAGGACAGUCCUCACUGUGGCAAAAACGGAAGGGCCACUGAAGCUCUACAACGGACUGCCUGCUGGCCUGCAGAGACAAAUCAGUUCUGCCUCUCUCCGGAUCGGGCUCUAUGACACCGCCCGGGAGUACUUCACCGAGGGCAGAGAAACUAGUUUAGGAGGCAAGAUCUUAGCUGGGCUGACGACUGGAGGAGUGUCUGUGUUCAUUGGCCAACCCACAGAGGUCGCGAAGGUCAGACUUCAGGCGCAGAGCCAUCUCUAUGGUCCGAAACCUCGCUACACUGGGACUUACAAUGCUUACAGAAUUAUAGUAACAACUGAAGGCUUGUCGGGCCUUUGGAAAGGAACGACUCCUAAUUUGGCAAGAAAUGUCACCAUCAAUUGUACAGAGCUAGUAGCGUACGACAUAAUGAAGGACACCCUUGUGAAAAAUGAAAUCCUUGCAGAUGACCUACCCUGCCACUUUAUGUCGGCUGUUUUCGCUGGGUUUUGUGCAACGCUUCUGUCUUCACCAAUGGAUGUAGUGAAAACCAGAUUUGUAAAUUCUACACCAGGACAGUACAAGAGUGCGCACAACUGCGCAAUGACAAUGUUCAUUAAGGAAGGACCAUCAGCUUUUUUCAAGGGGUUACUACCUUCCUUCUUGCGACUGGCAUCCUGGAACGUCAUUAUGUACGUGUGCUUUGAGAAGCUGAAACAAGAGUUGAUGAAGUCAGGACAGCCCGCGGACAGUGCCACAUGA